UCAAGUGGAUACAUAUAUAUGCACAACAUAUUGGACAGAGACCCUCAAAUCUUUAGAGAUGUGUAUAGAAUGUAUCCUGACGUGUUUCGAAAAUUAUGUAGCAUCCUAAAAGCGAAAACACCUUUACGGGAUACAAGACACAUUUGUGUUGAAGAAAUGCUUGCAACCUUUUUACUAGUUGUCGGCCAAAAUAAUCGAUACAGUGAAGCUCGGCUGAUAUUUGAGCGAUCUCAUUUUGCUGUUAGCAGAAGUUUCAACAAAGUCUUGAAGGCCUUGAAUACAAUAGCACCACAGUUUAUGGCUAAACCUGAAUCCAUACCACCUAACAUAAGAGAAAGUACAAGGUUCUAUCCUUACUUUAAGGAUUGUGUCGGAGCUAUAGAUGGCACGCAUAUUCCUGCAACGGUAGUUGGACGUGAGUUCAUAUAUGUGAUUAGUGGAUGGGAGGGUUCCGCUCAUGAUUCAAAAGUGUUGAAUGAUGCGAUUUCUAGACGAAAUGGACUCAAAGUGCCACCAGGUAAAUAUUACUUAGGGGACUGCGGAUUCCCAAAUCGACGUCGGUUCCUAGCUCCAUUUCGAGGUACUCGAUAUCACCUCAAAGAUUUUGGUGGUGAAGGAAAUCAUCCUGUCAAUGCAAUUGAGUUAUUCAAUCUUCGCCAUGCUUCCUUGAGGAACGUAAUUGAGAGAAUAUUUGGAAUAUUUAAGUCGCGUUUCACAAUCUUCAAAUUAGCACCACCAUUUUUAUAUAAGACACAAGCAGAACUAGUUUUGGCUUGUGCAAGACUGCACAAUUUUCUUCGACAGGAAUGUCGUUCAGAUGAAUUUCCUCCUGAACCAGAAGAAGAUCCGAUAGACAAUCACGAAGAUAAUUUUGAAUGGGAUGAUUUUCAAACCCAAGAUCAGCAAAGAGAGAAUGCUAAUGAAUGGAGAAUAAGUAUUGCUACUCAUAUGUGGACAGAUGCCCAACCAAAUGCCAACAAUGAAAACAAUGACAAUCAAGAAAGUGAAAAUGAGGGAGAAGAAUAA